AUGCUUAUGGGCAAAACAGAGAGUUUCAUUGAAGACUCGUCGAGAAUUAAAAUUUCCGUCGAACAAAGGACACUCUUAAGGAAAUUGCAAAAUUUCCAAGAACCGAAAACUGAAGCAAAGGCUUUGACUUGGAACGAAAUGUUGGCAGACGCAUUAGUGAACAAAAUAAAAAUAUUCUCCUCCAGCAAAGUGGAUGAAAAUGAUAUCAUUAAAGAAUACAAUGAAGCAUCCAAAACUAAUAAAGUUCUCACUAAUUAUUUUAGUGAAGUGUUGCUAUUAUACAAGAAUUGUAUCUACGAUAAAUUCAGAACGACGUACGAAGAACCAGAUUACCACUAUACAGACACAACUCAAGAACCAGAUGUUAAUUCUUAUUCUACUCCAAGUGAAGAUGAUAGUCCAAAAAGUGAAAUAGAAAUCAUAGAACCGUUAUAUCAUGGAAAAUUACAAGAAAUUGAUUCUACAGAACAUGAUGCGAAGGUUGAAUGCCCUGAAGGAAGUAUUGUGGAUGAAAAAGGGAAUUGUAUUGAAGGAAUAUCUAAAUUAUUGAUUACUAUUCCGAAUCAGUGUCCGAGUGGAUAUCGACCGGACAGACUUGGAAACUGCAGAAAGGACCAACUAAUGAUGAUAAGAGAAGAAUAUGAGUUAUCAUCAGCUAAAACGACAGCUCAAGAACGAGUUAAUAGCAAGGUAACAUCGAGCUCGAACCGACCUAAAGACGACACAGCGUCCCGUCAUCGAAGAUUAUAG